AUGGAAAGGUUUAACCUUUUCGCAGAGCCCUGGACGUUUUGUUAAAAUAGCGUCAAAGGAAAGGAGAUUGAGUCUGGUUUACGCCAAAUGGGUCGUCUCUCUCUUACACCCAUUACUAUAAAAGAAGCCAUACUUUCUCACUAUCAUACCCACCACAAUUGAUCUCCACCUUCUCCUCCAACUUUUUCCCUUUUCUCCUUGUUCUUGUUCCCUCCCUCUUGUUCUUGUUGUUUGUUACAUCAUGUUUCAUUUUAGACCCUAAUGGAACUCUAAAAUAUUUGGCAUCUGAAGUUGAACUGGACUAAGCCUUUUAAGCCUUGAACUAAGCUAAAAGGGCCUUUUGUAAAUUGGGGUUUCAAAUUCAAAUUUUCAUCUUGAGUUGUUGUUGCGACUCGAGAUUUAGAUGGAGAAGCUCAGUUUUGUGAGGAAUGGAGAGCUGAGAUUGCCUCCUGGUUUUCGGUUCCAUCCUACCGACGAAGAGCUUGUUCUUCAGUACUUGAAGCGCAAGGUCUACUCGUGUCCUUUGCCUGCUUCCAUCAUCCCUGAGGUUGAAGUCUGCAAGUCUGAUCCUUGGGAUUUGCCAGGUGAUUUAGAGCAAGAGAGGUACUUCUUCAGCACUAGGGAGGCCAAGUACCCAAAUGGGAACAGAUCAAACAGAGCAACAGGUUCUGGGUAUUGGAAGGCAACUGGUUUGGACAAGCAAAUUGUGGCUUCCAGGGGUAACCAAGUUGUUGGGAUGAAGAAGACUUUGGUUUUUUACAGAGGAAAACCUCCACAUGGGAGUAGGACCGAUUGGAUUAUGCACGAGUAUCGCCUCGUUUUAGCUGAAGAUAAAAAUAACUCCACCACCCAAAGCCCUGUUCCGGUGAACAAUUGGGUUCUUUGCCGCAUAUUUUUGAAGAAAAGAGGCAGUGGUAAAAACGAGGAAGAACUAGUUCAAGUGCAGGCCUGCAAUGUUGACCGAGUGGCGAAAAAUCCAAGGAUUACUCGGCCUGUUUUCUACGAUUUCAUGACCAAGGACAGGACCAAUUUGAGCCUUGCGCCUUGUUCUUCAUCCUCAGGUUCAAGUGGAGUCACAGAUGUCGUUUCUACCGAGACAGAGGAGCACGAAGAGAGCAGUAGCUGCAAUAGUCUUCCUUUUUUUAGAAGAAAACAGUAAAGUCUCCUUCUGAACCAGUAAUUGGGCUAGCUUCUUGUUGCUUAAUUUGUCAGAAUAACCAUCUAGAAAAUCAAUCCAGUAAAGUCAGUCUUGGGUCCCUUAAGUUUUAGAACCGCCGCCUUGUCUGUGAUUCAAGAUAGAAAUCGGCGUUGAAAAAUUAACUUGUAGUCGGGGUUGUUAUGAAAGAACAAAUUGAGCAAUGGAUGUUAGCAGAUGGUUUAUGUAAAGAGUAAAUCAAAUCCCCAAGUUUUCUAAA